UACAUUCGAUGGAGCAGGAAGCGCAGUUUUGUGAUUCCACCUUUUUUAGGGGGCGUCAUCGCACUACAAACAGCUGCUUUUCUACAUGAAGAACACGCCAGCUUGUUUCUCUCCAUGUCGUCAAUUUCCCUGACAAGAUAGCUUUGUUAUUUGUGCAGAAAGCUCGCUCUGGUAGGCUAGCCAUUCUUUAAGUAGGCUAUCUUGUGCGCUCAAGCUUUCUGUGUUAGCAAGCCAACCAUCUGGCUCGCUGUUUCCACAGCGUACGGUGACUUGCGCGCAUUCGUUCUUCCGCAAAAGGUCGACAACACAGUAUUCGUGAAUUGUCAUUUUGUAGCAGCUGAAAUAAUGAUUGUUACAUUCACUUCGGAUCGGAUGCGUAAACUCCGAAUCUAACAGGGAGCUGCUGCCUCUGUGUAACCAGAAACCUUGGCAUCUCGGCGGCACUCGGGAACAGUCUGACAGUAUUGUCUUGGAAACUAGCAGCAGAGAGAAGUCUUCAGACAAUGGGUGACGGCUAUGGAUUCACGAGUGACAUGUUCAGUGGGCGUGCGAUGCUGGGCGAGGACAGUUCGGUCAUGUCCCGCAUGCAGAAAAAGUUCUGGAAGACCAAGCAGGUGCUCAUCAAGGCCACCGGCAAGAAGGAGGACGAGCACGUGGUGGCCUCAGACGCCGACCUCGACGCCAAACUAGAGUUCUUCCGGUCGGUGCAGUGCACGUGUACAGAGCUGCUGAAGGUGAUUGAGAAGUACCAGCAGAGGAUAACACACCUGUCCCAGGAGGAGAAUGAGCUGGGGCUGUUCCUGCGCUUCCAGGCGGAGCACGACAAGACCAAAGCAGGAAACAUGAUGGACGCCACAAGCAGGGCUCUCUGCACCUCGGCCAAGCAGAGGCUAGCUCUGUGUCCCCCUCUCCAUCGCAUGGAGCAGGAGGUGGAGACGUUUCGGCGGCGCGCCAUCGCGGACACGCUGCUGACGGUGAGCCGCAUGGAGAAGUGCCGCACCGAGUACCGCGGCGCCCUCCUCUGGAUGAAGGACGUAUCGCAGGAGCUCGACCCCGACACCUACAAGCAGCUCGAGAAGUUUCGCAAGGUCCAGACCCAGGUGAGGACAACGAAGGUGCAGUUUGACAAGCUGAAGAAUGACGUGUGUCAGAAGGUGGACAUGCUGGGAGCCAGUCGCUGCAACAUGCUGUCACACUCCCUAUGCACUUACCAGACUACACUGCUGCAGUAUUGGGAGAAGACGGCACACAUGAUGUCAGCUAUCCACGAGGCCUUCAAAGGAUACAUCCCCUACCAGUUCACUACGCUAAAGGAGCUGAGGGAUCCUCUGGACCAGAUGACUGAGGGCCAGAAAGAGGAGGAGAGCAAAGAGGACUCCAUGCAAAAACACACAGACAAUCUGGUGUCUCUGGAGGAGGACAGCCAAGGAGACAAUGUACCUGACAAUGUGUCCACCCGGGCCAUGGACGGUCAGAGUCGGGGCAGUGACAGUGGCAGCCUGGAUUCUGCCCUGUUUGAGCUGUCGGGCCCCUUUAGUCCCUCCACCGCUACAGACGACGACCUCUUGCUCAUGACCCCCGACCCUGAUCUUGCCCUCACGCCGACCCCCGACGGCGCUAUUCCCCCCAUCCUACCCCCACCACUGCCCUCCUCCUCCUCCACCACCACCACCACUGAUGCCUCCUGGGGGUUGAGUGCUCCGCCAGGGACUUGGCCGGGAACCUCCCCCACCUCGCAGCAGCCCGACUGGGCUGCAGGAAUGAGGGAGCUCCUCUUUGACCUGCCGCAACAGCAUCCGUCCACCAAGGCCUCUCCAGGAGCAACAGCAGGAGGUGCAGGGGAAGAAGAGGAGGACAGAGGAGACAUGUCCUUCCUCCGUGACCUCCUCAGCCCCGGCGCCUCCUCCAGCGAUGAGUUCAGCAGGGAGUGGCAGGACGUCUUCGGCUCCUUCGACGCGCCUCCCCUCUCCUCCUCGUCCGCUGGAGCAGCCUCCCAGACUCUAGGUGGCGCCAGCUCCAUUGGUGGUGCUGGCUCCACUGCUGGUGCAGCUCCUUCCUCACCAUCACAGCCCCCAAGCCCCACUGGCUUCCUGCCCUCUCAGCUGUUGGACCACAGCCUCAGCUCCACAGGCUGGGUGACUCCGCCCAUGUUCCAAGUCCCUCCUCUGCAGCCGCCGCCCACCACAGGCCAAGCUCCGCCCCCACAGAGCAGCCCCAGGGCUGCAGCCGGAGCUCCCAAAGGUGCUGCGAGGGACAUGUCUGCGUGGUUUAACCUCUUUGCUGAUCUGGACCCUCUGUCCAACCCUGACGCCAUUGGGCGCUCUGAUGAAGAACUCAUGAAUGCUUGAGGCGUGGAAGAGAGGAGUUCUGUCUGCACUCUAGAAGCCGUCUGCACUCUAGGACCUGUUGGAAUCCGAUGCUGUCUGAGCCUAUGAGAAUGACGUGAAGUGAAGCACAGCCUUGUGCAUGUAUGGUCAC